AUGGCCGCCGUGGUAGUCUCUGCGCCGCUGCAGAUACUGGUCAGAGAGCGGGGCGGAGACGACGUCUUGUUUCAGUCCAAUCUCGCGCCCCACCUCUCCCUCGUCCAUCUCAAGGAGGUCAAUGCCGAUGGCGAGGCCGCGAAGGAGGAGAGCGUCGAGACGCUGCGCGAGCGGGUCAGCAUACUCGAGGAGGAGAACCAGCGGUUGAUCGGGAUCAUCAAGGACAAGAACAAGAUCAUCAACGACAUGUUCAACAGGGAGGUCGAGCUCAACGAGGCCGCCGAGCAGCGAUCAGCCGCGGCGGCUGGCACCACGAAGAAGGGCGGUGGCAAGGUGUCGUCGCUGCUGCUGGCCACCACACCCGCGAGCCGCAACACGGUCAAGGCCAAGGCCGACAAGGACCAGCCCGCGACCAAGCUCAACGGGGCCGUCGCCGAUGAGGACCGCCUCGUCGGCCGCUUGGACGAAGGGGGCAUCUAG